AUGAUGCUUGCCUCGUCAAAAUCAUUGUUGACUUUCUUAGGUCUUGUUUGUACAUUCUUUCUUUAUACUCACGAUCACUUUUCAACAUCACCCGAUGAUUACGCCGUGCCACCGUCGACGACGUCAGAGGCGACCAUCUUCGACUCAAAAGCCAGCACUCCGCAGAUUGCCCUUUCCUCGGAUAAUCCUUCAGCUCCCGCAGACUUUGUGCCCGAGACUACACAUCGUACCGGCCAUGUCUCGGAGGAGAUGCGGCCCAGGAUCUUGCAGGCGACCAUGAUGUUCGGCGAUCAGUACAUCGGACUCAACGAGCGAACCCUCCAGAGCCACGUUGAUCACGCGAAACGCUGGGGCUACGGAAAUCAUGUACUGAGACGGGAGAUUGUGGGAGCAGGCCAGUGGGACAAGUUCAUCUUCAGCAAAGUCUUGCACGUCCAGAAUCUAAUAAUUGGAGAAUUGAAGAGGCCAAGAGAGGAGCGGGCAGAAUGGGUGAUAUGGUAUGACGCAGAUACCUUGAUACUUAAUCCAAAUAUAAAGUGGGAAAUCUUUCUUCCUCCCGACACCUUUCCCGACAUCAAUUUCAUGGCCACAAAGAACCUUGAUGGCUUCAACGCCGGACUUUUCUUCUUCCGCGUUGACGAAUGGAGCGUCGAACUCCUCUCCGACGCAUAUUCGCUUCCUAGACUUCGUCCCGAGAUCGACAUUGCAGGCAACAUCGAGCAGAACGCUCUGAAGUACCUUUUUGGUCAAGAACCACAUAAGAAACAUAUCAUUUAUCAGCCCCAAGCCUGGUACAAUGGCUUCAAGGGCGAUGAACGCGCCGAAACCGAGAUCAAUGGAGGAGACUUGCUUGUGCAUUUUGCGGGAAUCAAUCAUGACAAUGAAGAAGAAGAGAAAAAAGAGCUAAUGAGUCAGUGGUUUGCGAAGAUCGAGGCCCAACCGGAUGAAUGGGAGGUUCCUGUCGAGAAGACAAAAUACCCAGGAGAGAUCGAAGCGUUCUGGAGGACGUAUAAAGAAGCGAAGGAUUUGCUGGAUACUGUCCAUGUUAGGCCCGACACCCAAUCAGGUCCGGAUCAGGACGUGAAACGUGCGAGGAUGAGCUGA